UUUGAAUGUGAAAUUAAAAAAUUUUAUUUUUUUGUCAAAUAAAAAUAUAAAAGUCGAAACCCAAAUAAAAUCUCGGUCUUUUGGGCCGAUAUUUGCAAAUCUGAGCUUAGCUCUUCAAGAUUUAGGCAUGAAAAUUCCAAACCAAGCUCACCCAGUGGCGGCCCAUUUACAUCUCUAAUCGCGGUCGCGGGCGAGCCUGUUGCUAGUUUCUCACAGUUUCUCGUAGGAAUCAAACAUUGUUUCUCUGCCAUGUUAUAUUCUAUAUCGAAACAUGUGAACCAAAUACAACGAGUUCUAAUAAACCAUUUCGUAAAAAUCCAGAGACAUUCUAAACAUUACAACAAUUUUGGUGCUAAAAAACCAAACACCAAACCAAGCCAUGAAAACACUAAGAAAACCACACAAAACCGACGCCAAAAAAGACCAACCCCUUUUGUUGCAGCUGUGAAAGAAAUACGUGAUCCAGAUGAAGCGGCGUCUCUUUUCCAUGAAUAUUACCAAAUGGGAUAUAAACAUGAUUAUCCUUCAUUUUCUUCUCUUAUUUAUAAGCUUGCCAAGUCUCGAAAUUUCGAAGCUGUUGAAAACCUUCUUGGCCAUUUACAAAAUCUUAAUAUUCCUUGCAAGGAAACUCUUUUUUGUGCUUUGUUCCAACAUUAUGGAAAAGCCCAUUUGAUUGAAAAGGCCAUUGAACUUUUCCAUAAAAUUCCUUCUUUUAAUUGCGUUCGCACGGUUCAAUCUUUGAACUCGGUUCUUAAUGUUCUCGUCGAUAACAAUAGGUUUUCUGAUGCAAAAGAGAUCUUUCAUAAGUCAGCAGAAAUGGGCUUUCGUCCGAAUGAGGUAACAUUCAAUGUCAUGAUCAAGGGGUUUUUGAAAAGGGCUGAGUUUACGGAAGCUUGCAAUUUGUUUGAUGAAAUGCUCGACAGAAACGUGGAACCUAGCGUAGUUACUUAUAAUAGUUUUAUAGGGUUUUUGUGUAGAAAGGGUGACGUGGAAGAAGCUAAAAGUUUAGUUGAAGAUAUGGCUAAGAAAGGUAAGUAUCCAACUGCUGUGACUUAUGCUUUGUUAAUGGAAGGUUUUUGUUCUUUAGGUGAAUAUAAGGAAGCUAAAAAACUGAUGUUUGAUAUGGAAUAUAAAGGUUGUAAAACAAAGGUUAUUAACUUUGGUGUUUUGAUGAGUUAUCUUGGAAAGGGAGGACAGAUUGAGGAAGCUAAAUCAUUGCUUAGUGAAAUGAAGAAAAGGCGGUUUAAGCCAGAUGUUGUGAUUUAUAAUAUAUUGUUGAAUUAUCUUUGCAAGGAAAGUAGAGUUGGAGAAGCCUACAAAGUUUUGAUUGAAAUGCAGGUUAAAGGUUGUGAGCCUAAUGCAGCUACAUAUAGGAUGAUGGUUGAUGGGUUUUGUAUGGUUGGGGAUUUUGAAGGUGCUUUGAAGGUUUUGAAUGUGAUGUUGACGAGUAGACAUUGUCCGAAGUUGGAAACUUUUUGUCGGUUGGUUACGGGGCUAUUAGCUUGUGGGGACAUUGAUGGUGCUUGCUUUGUUUUGGAGGAGAUGGAAAAGAGAAAAAUGAGCUUUGAUUUGGAGGCUUGGGGAGCUUUGAUUAGGGAUGCUUGCGUUGGUGUUGAUACUUGUGAACUCCUAACUCAACUCAUCUUGGUCAAUAGUGAUUAGUUAACUAGUAAAAAAUGCCAUAUUUCCCCUACUUUUGUUGCUGCAUUAGGAUUUUCCUUGUCAUCACCCGGAAUUUUGGAUGCUCUGAAUUCAGGUUCUAAGAAGUGUAAUGUUUGAGUUAUAGUACUUUUUAACUGCAUAAUAAUAAGAGAAAUCCUUUAUAGUUCCUCUUUAUUCAUGUUUCUUCAAUAAGUUACCUUGAAAUUAGAAUAUACUUAGCAAAUGCGUAUUGCUUCAUCAAUACUAGCUCUCUAUCAAUACUGUGUCACUACCAUGGUGUAUUUACGUGCAUUCAAGUUCGGAGGCAAUGGAUUUGGUAGAAAAUAUGAGACAAAACGAUAUAGUAUUGUUUUAUGCAUCCACCUAUUUAGAUCUAUAUCUUAGGAUAAAGUCUUCACCUUCUAACCAAAACACCAUUGGGAUGAAAACGCAAGCACCUACUCCAUCAGAUCUACUCCACAACGCUUUAUUAUAUAUAUAAAUAUAAAAUACUACCCAUCUUAAGUCAUCACGUCCCCCCGAAGAAAUCUCAAAACACCAAUCUGCUAGCAGCAUUUGAUAUUACCCUCCAAUUUCAUGGCAUCAUACUCUUAGGCUCUCACAAUGACCUGUGCAGCUGCUUCUCGAGUCCUUGAUGAGGAGGAUAAGUGUCACAGGUCGAGAUUCAACCUCCAGGCUCAUGUAUUCCAGGACCCAUGUUGGGAAAAACA